CGAUGGAUACAUGCGAAAGCGACACAACACUAACGUUACGAUGAUUUAAUUCCAUCACACAACAUAGUAGCCACAGAGUGCGUGCAGCACGCAAGGCUCCGAAGUGGUGUGUGGUGUUGCGUCGCAAUAAAAUCGUUAAUAUAUUGCCCCUUUCGCGCUCCAGCACAUUACUGCCACCCAUCUGUAGACAAAGCCUCUCUUUUGGCACAAAACAAAAAAUUCGAUCUAUUCCAAUGCGCCCCACAAUAUGAUGCACUAUAAAGUCACACCCACGGCUGGAUUGUAACAGCGCCUCAGACGAAUUCGCUAUUAAGAAUUUGCCAAUAUGGAAAAUCCAUACCAUCUAAGCACAUAAACACAAACUGUUUGUACACGAGUCAGUUCGAAUGAGAUAGCUGUUCCCUCGCAGAAUUUCUAAGGUCAGAUCAGACCCAAACAAAACGGUAGAACAAUCGUUCACACUAUUCUAAAAACUGCAAACAUAAAACCAGCUUUUCUGCCAAUUGACGCACUUUCUCCGCUAGAACAAUAGCGUCGUUUUAGGAUUUUAAGUAUAAGCUACAGCUUUUACGAACAGUUCAAUUGAUUGACCUAAGUGCUUUGAACAGCGCCCUGCUUGAGGAGUAUAUAAAACCAAAGGAUCUUCGAUCAGACCAGAAUCAUCGGUUAUCUUUAGCAACUCAUUUCAACGGACAUUCGACGAAAUGAAGCAGCACUUCCUUACUGCCGUCCUACUCGCCGUGUGCUUGUUCACCGGCCCAACGCUUCAGCAAAUCGGGGUCGGCGUCGGUGGCAUCGGCGUCACAGUCCUCGGAUCGUCGUCACUGAUUGGAGUCACCGUGGCCACGACUGUGGCUGCAGGAGCAACCACCACUACCGCUGCUCCAACGACCACCACUACCGCUGCUCCAACGACCACCACUACCGCGGCAGCUGCUACGACUACCGCUGCCGGAGCCACGACUACCACCGCCACAGGAAAUACUGUAGUGUUUAAUAUCAAUGGAAGUCUCGUAACCGUUGCCUCGUCCGAUCAAGCCACGAUCGCAGCUAUUGUUGCAGCCUUGUCGGCUACUACUACCGUCGCAGCAACGACCACUACUGCUGCCGCUACGACCACUACUGCUGCUGCUACGACCACUACUGCUGCUGCUACGACCACUACCACUGCCGCCACGACCACUACCGCUGCCACAACUGCUGCCACGACCACGACAACAGCGGCCGCUACUACUGCAGCUACCACUACUGCUGCCACUACCGCAGCUACCACUGCUGCUGCCACUACUGCUGCUACCACCACUACUACUGCCGCUACCACCACAACGGCCACUCCCUCCAUCUCGAUUACGAUUAACAUGAAUGGACAAACGGUUGUGUUGAGUGCGAGCGACCCCAACCUGCUCUCAAUUCUCACCCAAAUUCUAAACAAUCUGUCCUCUACUACGACGGCUGCCGCUACCACCACUACCACUGCCGCGGCAACUACCACCACGGCAGCUGCUGCCACCACCACCGUCCGAGUUGGCGGUUGCGGAGGCCACGGAAUUAGACCCGGAAUCGGUUUCGGCGCAGGAAUCGGCUUCCGUGGCGGUGCCGGCGGUGCCGGCUUUGGCAUUGGCAUCGGCGGAGGAUUCCGAGGACCCGGCCUUCUUCGUCCGGCUAUCGGAGCCCUCACCAACACGGCAGGUGGUUUGCUGGGAACAGCCUUAGGUACUGCUGGCAAUAUUGCCGGAUCUGCGGUGAAUCUCGGCGCGGGUAUUAUCGGUGGUGCGGCCAAUGCCGCUACUGGCAUUCUAGGAGGAGUGCGUAACGCGAUCGGAGGUAUUGGAGCAGGACUGCAAGCAGCUGCCGGUGGCGCACUGAACGGCGGUCUGCGUGCCGGAUCGAGUUUUCCAACUGGAUUUAAUGGAGGCGUAGGCUCGCGCGUCGGAUUCGGAGCCGGAUUUGGAGCAGGUAUUGGCUCGCAAGGAAUGCUCGGUGGUGGAAUCCAAGCUGGUGUCGGUCUCCGUGCUGGCUUCAGCGGAUAAGCAGUACCACUCAUCCACCCGCAGUACCCCCGCCAUCCCCACACAGACCGUGAUAGAGAUUCUCGCGUAAGAAAGCCACUACUAUACCGACACACAACGUAUACCGCAUGCAUAUAUACAGCAAUAAAUUAAAGAAUCCAUGUCGAAA